CUGUCGAGCUAGGUAAAGUACUCGAGUGAAGUACAAUCAGUAGUUAACUCCGAGUAUUGAUUAUUAUGUGACAUAUGGUUCUGAAAUUUUGAAAAUGUUCGGCGAUUGUGAAACAAAGUAUCCUGAUCCUGAAGCAGUAGUUUACCCAACACAAGUACCUUAUCGAGGUCCUAUUCCUGGAGGACUUCAUGACGGAAAGCUGGUUGAGAUCAAAGGCACAGUGCCGUAUGGAGCUGAUGUAUUUGAGAUCAAUUUUCUAACUGGGCUGGAUCCCAGGUCUGAUCGACCAUUACAUAUCAGUGUUAGGAUGCAUGGGCGGUUAGUUGUCAGAAAUUCAUAUGAAAUGAAUACAUGGGGGAAUGAAGAACGACAUGGGAUAUUUCCAUUUGUAUCUGGAAGAGAAUUUACUGUGAUGAUUAUGGUUGAUCCAGUGUGUUAUCGAAUUGCUGUUAAUGGUCAGCAUUGUUGGGAGUUUCAACAUAGAAUAUCUUAUACGCGAGUCUCUUCAAUUUACAUAGAUGGUUCUGUUCGUAUUGAAAGAAUUGAAUUUGUGAAUAAAAUUAGUCCAUAUCAACCUGGAGUACCUGCUUCAGUUGCUGUAUGCCCUCCUGCUGGACAUAUGACACCUGGGGUACCAGCUACACCAUGCAUACCUUCUGGUGUCACUAUACCAGCUGUGAAUCCAAUCCCAUACCAUCCUUCAGGUGGAAGAAUUGUUCCUCCUCCAGAACAGAUUGGAGUUUGUCCAGGUGGUUAUAUUCCUGGUGGAGUGCAGCCUAGCUCAAAUUUAACACCUGUUUAUAAUCCGCCCAUACCUUACGACUAUCCAAUUUAUGGUGGUUUGAAGCCUGGAAUGAUGAUUUACAUCAGUGGAAGACCAUCUGCUAGUCCUUACAGGUUUUCAGUAAAUCUGCAGUCUGGCACCUCACCAUAUCCACCUCCAGAUAUUGCUUUUCAUUUUGAUGUGAGGUUUUAUAAUCAUACAAUUGUGAGAAAUAGUCGCACUAACAAUGUAUGGGCAGCAGAAGAGUCUUCAAUUCCAUUUUUUCCAUUCCAGCCAGCUGUUAAUUUUGAUAUGAUAAUCCGAGUAGAGACAGAUAGUUUUAUGGUUGCCCUCAAUGGUCAACAUUUUAUUGAAUUUAGACAGCGCCUACGACCUUUAUCUCGUUUUGAUACACUUAAUAUUGAAAAUGAUAUUGUUGUAUCAUCUAUUCGAUUUGCAUAAUUUUUUAUAAUAAUUAACUAAUAGAAUAAUUUUAGAUUUAUGAUAUAAAUUAAUGAUAUUUAAUAUUAAAUUUUGUUUAAUUGUGAUGAUUGCAGUUUGUAACCUUAAGUUAUUUAACUGCAAAUUCUGUCUUCUCCUCCCCCAUGAAAUAAGUUAAAUAUGAUGUAUACAAUUUCAUAUAUGAAUACCUGUUAUUAUAUAUUGUAAUUAUUACUGCUAGGGAUUGAAACAUUUUGUGAUACUACAGUAUUAUAAAGCUUAACCUUCCAGCAUGUGCACAUGGCAAUUUUACAUGAGCACGCACAUAUCUUAUUUUUUACGACAUCUGUUCUUUUACUGUUUUGGGCACGAAAAAC